CAUCACCCAAAUUUCUAUGUGUUAAACCUUACAUCAUCAAAGUUUGAUUGACGUAAUAAGAAUUUGGUUAGGGCCAAGAAAGCACGAUGCAAAUGAAAAUGAAAAAUGUGACGAAAAUUCUAAUUGCUGGCACACCAGGUACAGGAAAAAGUACACUGAUAGAUGAAAUAAUUGAACAAAUACCUAAUGCCGCCCAUAUUGACAUAAGCAAAUUUGCAAAGGAUCAUAAUCUUAUACAAGAAUAUGAUAAUGAAUAUGAUUGUCAUGUUUUAGAUGAAGAAAGAUUAAUAGAUGAAUUGGAGGAAAAUGUCCAAAGUUUAGAUAAUCCAGUUAUAAUAUUUGAAUAUCAUGGAGUUGAUUUAUUUCCUAAACAUAUGUUAAAUGCUAUAUUUAUAUUACGCACUGAUAACACAUUAUUAUAUGAUAGACUAAAUAAAAGAGCUUAUAAUGGCAAAAAACUUGAAGAAAAUCUUCAGUCUGAAAUAUUUCAAACAAUUUUAGAUGAAGCAAAGCAUUAUGUUUCAGGCAAUGAUGAAAUAACUUUAGAAGAAUUAAUUAGUAACACACCAGAUGAUAUGGAAAUUAAUGCACAAAAAAUUAUAAAUUAUAUAUCAGAAUAA